UAUUGACUAUUGCAGCUUUAAGCUAGAAGAACAGCAUCAUGUCAGAUCUAGAAGAAAGACUUAGGGUUUAAGUAUUUAAUCCACAGGCGACAUUAUGAGGCAGGACACGCCUCGCUUUGUGGAGGAGACUGACUGUAGCUGAAUACAUACGAAUAUUAAGUCAAUAUCAGCAAAAUACGCUAAAACUGCAUAACACAAGCUAUAAAAUUGGACGGUAAUGAACAUGUUUGAGGAUGUCUGAGGUUCGCCAUAGCGCUCUCAGGUUUUGAGGCUCCCACCUUUUUUACCUCUCGCGCUCUAAUUGGUCGCGCGCUGUUGUUUCUCCGCCGAGCUCGAGGAUGAAGCGAGCUGAGGAGCUGAGGAGGAGGCAUGAAUAAGUAAGGACCAGCCAAACACACACACACACACACACACACACAGUCACAGUCAUAGUCACACCACGAAGCUGGCUUUCGGAGCUAACUCUGGGCACAGAGAGGAAAGAAGGAAUAAAAGACAGAGCGUUUAAACCUCUGGGUUAUUUACCUCAGGAGCACAUCUGGAUCAGAACGGAUUUGUUUUCCUUCAGCUGAAUGGUGUGGCAGGUACAGAAGAGGCUCACUGGCUUGAUCGUCUGAAGGAAUGCAGGUAGUCAGGUUGAGAAUGACCGCGUUGUGGCCGCUAAUCUUCCUGGCACUGAUGCAGUUUGCAGAUCCUACAAAAGGGCAAAUUGCAGGCCCACGAAGACUGCGAUUUAAAGUCAUGGGUCCUGACAAGUUGUAUGUGUUAUGGAAAGAGCCAAAGGGAGAAUACAAUGGCUAUAGAUUUAUUUACAACAGUGUGCCGGAUGGAGAGAGGAAUGAGCUUCGAAUUGGAAAGGGUCAAACCAAGGCAAUAAUAAAUGACUUCAAUCCCACAAAGGAGUACAAAGUCAAGGUUAUAGCUGUGAGUGGAAGUCAACAAAGCAGAGCACUUGAAGGAAGCUUUGGAGCUCAGGGCCGGGAAUUUGAGAGAGAAAACACCCAACCACCGAGAAUAAAGGAGAUGCCUACAGAGGAUGGUAUUGAACUAUCAGGAGUGGAUCAGUUUGUGUGCACCACAUCUGCGAUCGCUGAUAUUGUCAUCCUGGUAGAUGGCUCGUGGAGUAUCGGCAGGCUCAAUUUCCGUCUGGUGCGCACAUUCCUGGAAAACCUGGUUAAUGCUUUCGAUGUGGAAAUUGAUAAAACCCGUAUAGGACUGGCCCAGUACAGUGGAGAUCCCAGGAUUGAGUGGCACCUCAAUACCUUUACCACUAAAGAUUCUGUCAUUGAUGCUGUCAAAAACCUGCCAUACAAAGGAGGAAACACACUCACAGGUUUGGCCCUUACAUACAUUCUGAAGAACAGCUUCAAACCAGAAUCUGGUUCUCGAAGCAACGUUCCUAAAAUCGGGAUCCUGAUCACCGAUGGUAAAUCUCAGGAUGCUGUUGACAGUCCUGCCCAGAGCUUGAAGGAUGCCGGUGUUGAGCUCUUUGCCAUUGGGGUAAAGAACGCAGAUGAAAAUGAGCUGAAGGUCAUUGCCUCUGAGCCACACGAUACACACACCUACAACGUGGCCGACUUCAGCAUCAUGAAUACUAUAGUGGAGGGUCUGACCAGGACUGUGUGCGAAGGUGUAGAGCAACAAGACAAAGAGAUCAGAAGAGAUUCAGUCCCUGAAGACACACUAAACUCUCCUCAGGACUUGGUGACGUCUGAAGUGACAGCGCGAAGUUUCCGUGUGUCCUGGACCCAUGCACCAGGCAGUGUUCAGAAGUACCGUGUGAUUUACUAUCCCAGCAAAGGAGGUCAGCCAGAAGAAGUUGUGGUGGAAGGCACAGAGACCUCAGCCGUGCUGAAAGACCUCAGCUCCCUGACUGAGUAUGAGAUUGCUGUGUUUGCUGUGUACGCAGCCUCAGCCAGUGAGGCUCUCAGGGGCAGUGAAACCACACUGGCUCUGCCUGUGGUCAGUGGUCUGGAGCUGUAUGAUGUUACUCAACACACCAUGCGUGCUCGAUGGAGGCCUACAGAAGGGGCUACUGGGUACAUGCUUGUGUAUGCACCCCUAAUCAGUGAAACUAUUGAUGAGACUGAGGUCAAAGUAGCAGACACCGUGACAGACUUUGGGCUGGUGGGUUUAAGUCCGGAUACAGAAUACACAGUGACAGUCUAUGCCAUGUUCGGAGAUGAGGCCAGCGAUCCUGCUACUAUGCAGGAGACCACCUUGCCUCUGAAGGCUCCUCGUAAUCUUCGUGUCACUGAGGUGGACCACAACUCGGUGCGGCUCAACUGGGAUGCACCGUCAAGCACAGUCAAAGGCUAUCGGCUGAAGUACGUCAAAAGUAACGGUGCACAAACUAAUGAGGUUGAUACGGGUCCAGUUUCUAAUGUAUAUCUACGGAACCUGGCCUCCCAAACAGAGUACACAGUGUCUGUGUUUGCUGUGUAUGAUGGGGAUCAGUCAGAACCCCUGAAGGGCGUUUUCACCACAAAACUCGUUCCAGCUCCACGGUCCAUUAAGAUUGAUGAGGUGACACCAAAUAGUUUCCGGGUGAGCUGGACACAACCAGGGGACGGAGUGGAGCUUUAUAAACUCGCCUGGAGAUCCUUAGGAGGAGGAGACACUAAAGAGGUGGUUGUACCAGGCAACAUAAAUACCUAUGUGGUGAAUGAUCUUUCUCCUCUUACUGAGUAUGAAGUGCUGUUGUCUGCUGUCUAUAGAGAUGAGGCUGAGAGCAGUGCUGUACCUGCUUUAGAGACCACAUUGCCCAUGCCUGCUACCACAGCCUUCCCCUCUACAACCCCACCAGUCAUGCGGCUGGGAGUGACGAAUGUGCUGGUGGACGAUGAGACCACGAACAGUCUGCAGGUCAGCUGGGACAUUGAUGAUGCAGAUGUUGAGCAGUACAGAGUGACCUACGUCAGCCAGAGAGGAGACCGUGCAGAAGAGUCGGUGCUGGUCCGAGGUAGUAGAAAGAGUGUGAUAUUGCAGCCUCUCCUCUCAGACACAGAAUACAAGAUCACAGUUAACCCUAUUUAUCCGGAGGGAGAAGAUAGCGCAUUCUCUCAGUCCUCCGUUGGCCGUACAUUACCACUGACUGCACCCAGCAACCUGAGGGUGUCUGAGGAAUGGUACAACCGCUUCCGCCUCACCUGGGACACACCUGCCUCACCCACCAUGGGCUACAGGAUCAUCUACCAGCCUACUUCUGUGUCGGGUCCUGCUCUGGAGACGUUCGUAGGAGAAGAUGUGAACACACUGCUGAUCCUCAACCUGCUGACUGGCACUGAAUACAGCGUUAAGGUCAUUUCUUCAUACACAACAGGCUCCAGUGAGCCUCUCACCGGCACAGCCAAGACACUGUUUCUGGGAGUCAGCGGGCUCAGUACAUACCAGGUGCAGAUGAACAGCAUGUGUGCACAAUGGCAGCCUGUCAGCCAGGCCUCCCUCUACAGGGUCACCAUCGAGUCCCUGCUCAAUGGUCACAGACAGGAGCACAGUUUAAGUGGUGGUGCCUCCAGGCAGUGUUUCUUCAACCUGUCGCCUAACACGCAGUACAAGAUCAGCGUCUACACACAGCUACAGAACAUGGAGGGCCCUGCCGUCACCAUCAUGGACACCACAUUUCCAGCUCCAACCCAGCCACCAACUCCACCUCCCACCACUGCACCGAUUCCCACCAUCCCAUCAGCUAAAGAAGUUUGUAAAGCAGCCAAAGCAGAGUUGGUGUUCUUGGUGGACGGCUCCUGGAGCAUAGGAGAUGACAAUUUUCAGAAGAUCAUCCGCUUCCUAUACAGCACCACUGGCGCUUUGGAUAUCAUUGGUCGUGAAGGAACACAGGUGGCCAUCGUUCAGUUCAGUGAUGAUGCCAGGACAGAGUUCAAGCUCAGCUCCUACAGGGACAAGGAGUCUCUGCUGGAUGCUGUACAGCGCAUCACCUAUAAGGGAGGAAACACCAAAACAGGUCGAGCCAUUAAGCACGUGAAGGAGAGCAUCUUUACAGAAGAGGCUGGUGUGAGGAGGGGAAUUCCCAAAGUCCUGGUGGUGCUCACAGAUGGCCGGUCACAGGACGACGUUAACAAGAUCUCCAAAGACCUGCAGACAGAGGGUUACAUCAUCUUUGCCAUUGGCUUUGCUGAUGCGGAUUACGGGGAGCUGGUGAACAUUGCAAGCAAGCCCAGUGAGAAACACGUCUUCUUUGUAGACGAUCUGGAUGCAGUCAGUAAAAUCGAGGAGCAGCUCAUAACAUUUGUGUGUGAGGCAGCAACAGCCACUUGUCCAUCUUUGCUGAUGAGUGGGAAUACUUUGGCAGGUUUCCGUAUGAUGGAGAUGUUUGGGCUGGUGGAGAAGGACUACAGUAAUGUGCAGGGUGUUUCCAUGGAGCCUGGAACUUUCAACAGCUUCCCCUGCUACAGACUGCACAAGGAUGCUCUCAUUUCACAGCCGACCAAAUAUCUGCACCCUGAGGGACUCCCUUCUGACUAUACCGUGUCAGUACUGUUCCGCAUCCUACCAGAAACUCCUCAGGAGGCCUUUGCAUUGUGGGAAAUUCUCAAUAAAGCCAAUGAACCCUUGGUGGGUCUCAUCCUGGACAAUGGUGGGAAAACAUUGACAUUCUUUAACUAUGACUACAAGGGUGAUUUCCAGACAGUGACCUUUGAAGGACCUGACAUCAGAAAAAUCUUUUAUGGCAGUUUUCACAAGCUUCAUGUGGCAGUCAGCAAGACCUCUGCGAAGAUAGUCAUUGACUGUAAGAUAGUGGAUGAGAAGCCCAUCAGCGCUGCUGGGAACAUCACCACAGAUGGAAUGGAGGUUCUGGGCCGAAUGGUGCGCUCGCGGGGCAGCAGGGACAACUCAGCAUCGUUUCAGCUUCAAAUGUUUGAUAUUGUCUGUAGUACAUCAUGGGCCAGUCGAGAUAAAUGCUGUGAGCUCCCAGGCCUGAGAGUAGAGCAAGACUGUCCUGCUCUGCCUCAUGCAUGCACCUGCUCUCAGGACAGUAAAGGACCACCAGGACCCUCUGGACCUCCAGGUGGUCCUGGUAUAAGAGGCUCAAGAGGUGACCGAGGGGAACCAGGCUCAGUGGGACCUCAAGGGCCAACCGGUGAAAUUGGACCUCCAGGACCUCAGGGGCCUCCUGGACCACAGGGGCCAAGUGGGCUCUCUAUCCAGGGAUCACCAGGAUCUGCAGGAGAAAAAGGAGAAAAAGGUGACCAAGGUCUGCCAGGUCCUCAGGGUGUGCCAGGAGCCAGUGGAGGUCCUGGCAGAGACGGCCUACCGGGACAGAGGGGUUUGCCUGGGAAAGAUGGACCACAGGGACAGCAGGGCCCACCAGGACCUAUUGGAAGUCCAGGUGCUCCCGGAGCACCAGGAACCACUGGACCUCCAGGACCACAUGGUGAUCACGGGCCACCUGGCUCUCCUGGUACCAAAGGCGAGCGAGGGGAGAGGGGUGACAUGCAGUCUCAGGCAGUUGUCCGCUCUAUAGCCCGACAAGUGUGUGAACAACUAAUUCAGAGCCACUUGUCUCGCUACAACUCAAUCCUGAAUCAGAUCCCCAGUCAGUCUGUGUCAGUCCGGACAGUGCCAGGUCCUCCAGGGGAACCAGGCCGUCAGGGCCCUCCGGGGCUACAGGGAGAGCAGGGACCUCCAGGUAGACCAGGCUUCCCCGGAGGUAAUGGACUGAGUGGCCGUCCAGGAGAGAGAGGGUUCCCAGGAGAGAAAGGAGAGAAAGGCACUCCAGGUGUGGGGACACAGGGACCCCGUGGCCUCCCAGGACCCCCAGGUCCUCCAGGUGAGGGCCGGACAGGAAGCCAGGGUCCUCCAGGCAGGCCUGGACCUCAGGGCACUCCGGGUCGCACUGGAAGUCCUGGCAUCUCUGGUCCUGCUGGACCACCAGGCUACUGCGACCAGAAUGCCUGCUUAGGGUACAACAUAGGAGUACAACAGUUACCUCCCAGUUCCUACCAAAACUACGGGCCCACUGACACUAAUGAUGAAGAGGGAGAGGAGGAAGAGGACCCGUACGGCGGAUACCGCCACUACCCACCCCAGUACUACCAGCCCAGCUAUCCCAACCCUCGUGUUGCCCAGCCUGGCACUGCUUAUCCCGGUGCCAUGAUGAGGGAGCGAGGCACGCACCGCUUCUCCCGCAGCAUGACUGAGAGGAGUGGCACUCAGGCCACAACACAGGAAGAGGAUAAAUCUGCACACUGACAGCCCCAUCCAGAAACACACACUUAGUAUUAAUCAAGUGUCCAGUAGGAUAGCAUUAACUGAAUGGUAUUUGGAAAGUGCCUGAUGGGGGUGGGUGCUAUGGAGGGAGUGGUGCCCACAGACCUUCAAUGACCUUUUUUUGUUUGUUUAUUUAAAAAUGCAUGCAGUCAUUUAAAACCACAAAAAGCUCUCAAACAAUGCAGUGGAUUUGUAUUAGUUGUCCAUUUGGGGGAAAAACAUUGAAUUUGUACAGUUUGUGUAAUUGUUUUUAUAAUAAAAAUGGAGAUUGAAUUUCAGUGCUUCCAUGUUUGAUCAUCCACGCUUUCAAUGUUCCUGUCACGUUUCUGUGAUUUAUUUAUAGAAAGAUGAAUCCUUGGCAGUACCGGACAAUUUAAAAAACACAUUGAACCAAAUCUAACAUUGCCACAGAUACUUAUAAAUGCCACACAUGUCUGGAAUGUGAUUGUACAUUGACAUGUCAAUGUGAAUUUCCUGUGGAUUUGGUCUUAUAAGGAUAAAUGUUAUGCAGUUAUUGGGGAUUCAGUAAGGGCUCUUGAACUUUUUUUUUUUUUUUGAUUUAAUACAAGAGCUCAGACUGGAAGUCCUUUUCUGUCUCUCUCUGUGUAUGUGCUUGUCCUAUGGGCCUAUUCACUGUGGAAGAGUGUUGAAUAGUUAGGCCUGUGGUCUACUGUCCUCUCAGAACGAAUCAAACUGUGUGUGCUGAACAGGUGCCAGAGGAAUGGCUCACUACCAAAUUUUUGAAGCGGAAAAGUAACUUAUUUUUACUUUGUUUUGUAACCAAUAAAACUGUAAUAUGAUA